AUGACUGGCAUCCUCAACGCCAUCGUCCGGAGCAUCGCCCUGCUCUGGACGCUCCUCAUCACCGCCCUCAUCGGCAACGUCAUCGCCUCGGAGACGCACGCCGCGACGUCGGCCAACGCCGCCAUCAACUUCACCAUGUUCGUGGCCGCGCUCUCGUGGGUCGUCUGCCUCUACGGCCUCGCCGCCGCCUUCUUCACCGCGCUGGCCUCGGCCGUCAUCCUGCUGCCCCUCGACAUCCUCGGCGUGCUCUUCACCUUCAUCAACGCCAUCGUCCUGGCCGCCAAGCUGCGCGCCCCCAACUGCGGCAACAUCCCCGGCGCCAACCUGCCCAGCAACUGGAUCGGCUACGGCUCCAACAACGACGAGAAGCGCUGCCGCGAGAUCCAGGCCAGCACCGCCUUCAUGUGGUUCCUCUGGGCCUGCUUCAGCGUCUGCCUCUUCUUCACCAUCAAGGACUCGCGCGGCGGGCUCGGCGGCGGCUUCCGUCGCUCCGGCAGGCCCAGCAUGUCUCAGGUCGGCGUAUAA